UUAAAUGGCUUAUGCUGCUGUAACUUCGCUAAUGGAAACACUUUCUCUACAUUUCUUGCAAUCACAACCAGGCUUGCCUCUUGAAGAUUUAGAGGCACAGAUUAGAGAUGGCAAUGAAAACCUUGGCUUGCUGCAGCAAAUUCUUGAGAGAGCUGAGAUUGGCAAUGAUGAUGCGGGGGCGAUGAAAGAUUUAGAGGCAGAGAUGAGAGAUGUAUGGUUCAAAGCGGAAGAAAGGAUUGAGAUGGAGUUGACUACCAUUUAUCUAGCAAAGGAUAGCCUUCUUCAUAUAACAGCUUGCCUGCUCAGGCUUCAUAAAAUCUUCAUUGAAGCAGAAAAACAGACUGAUUACCACAAGAAUGAGUUGAUUAGGAUUCAAAGGGAAUACCAGCUUGCUAAGGUUUCACUCCUUGGUCAGAUCCGACGAAGAGGACUACUACAGCUUGUCAAAGGAUCAUUACAGCAUGAUCCAGUACACAAGAAAAUUAUUAUGAGUAACUUUUCCAAAAAAGCUUCAAAGUUUGACAGUGGAAUGGUUGGAUGCAAGAAGCAGUUCGAGAAGAUAUUGGAUCAGCUGCUCACGCAACAAACAACUAACAGGAGACAAGUUGUUUCAAUUGUUGGCAUGGGAGGAAUAGGCAAGACCACUUUAGCACACAAACUUUAUCAAGAUCCAUCAGUUACUUCUCAUUUCGACAAGCGAGCAUGGGUUACUGUAUCCCAAGAGUAUAACAUGGAACAAAUGCUCCGAUGCCUUAUUGGUUGUGUUAUUGCAGCAUCAAGAGAUGAACUCCAUGAACAGAGCACUGGCCAAUAUCAAUUCUUAGCAGAAAGGCUGUAUAGAUCUUUGAAAGGUCAGCGAUAUUUGAUAGUGAUUGAUGAUUUAUGGAACACUACUGCUUGGGAUAGUGUUCAAAGAUGUUUUCCAGAUGAUGAUGAUAAUGAUGGAAGCUUGUUUGAGCAAAUUGGUAGAGACAUAGUGGAGAAAUGUAAAGGAUUACCUCUAGCUAUUACUAUAGUAGCUAGUCUUCCCUCCAAGACAGAAGAGGAGGAGAAAAAGUGGAAGAAUGUUGUAGAAAGUGUUGUGGGCGGCAAAGGGAUUUUUGAGCACCGUGAAGCAUGUGAAUUUGGAGAAAGUGGCAAUGGAAUGCUUGCAAGAUCUUGUUGA